AUGGGUGUCCUUAGUAAUGAAGAGGAAAACUUUCACCUUAACAAGAUUUUCUCUCGUGUGCAGCUUGCGCAAUUUAGGCAGCGAAAAGCACAAUCUGAUGGGCAGAAUGCAUCAAAGAAGCAGAAAAGGAAAAAGAAAACAGCAAACAUCAAAGAUGAUGAAUCGUUACAAGAUGGACCUGACAUCGAUCGAUCUCGAGGGGAUGAAACAUCCACAUGCAGCAGCCGAAGAGGAGCAGCUGCUACUGCUGACUUUACUAUAAUCAGGACUUUGCACAGUGGAGAAAUUAUCAAACACAACCAGACUUACACCAUUGAGCCUGAAAGUGAAAUUUCCACUACAGUAGAAGAUUACAGUUCUGAGGUACUGCUUAUUCUCAUUCCUGCAGAAAGACUUUUUGAGAAUUCGAUUCCAAAACAUACGUCGGCAACAAGAAACUUUUGA